CGGAGCCGGAGCCGCCGCUGCCGCCGGAGCCGCCAUGGGGCUGCUCAACUUCACCCGAGACCCGGUGCCGGAGGCGGUGAGCGGCGACAUGCACAACCUCAACCAGCUCAGCGCCCAGCAAUUCUCAGACCUGACUGAAGUGCUCUUCCGCUUCCUCACGGAGCCCAAGGAGGUGGAAAGGUUCCUGACUCAGCUCUCAGACUUUGCCACCAUGAAUAAAAUCAGCUUGGGCCCCCUGAAGAACAUCGUCAAGAGCAUUCUGCUGGUACCCAGCGGUGCCCUGAAGAGGAAUUUGUCUCCUGAACAAGUCAGAGCAGACUUUAUUGCUCUAGGCCUCAGUGAGGAGAAAGCCUCUUACUUUGCAGAGCAGUGGAAGGUGAAUUCCCCCACCCUGACAGGCCUGGCUGUUGGUCAGACCCUGAUGAUCAACCAGCUGAUAGACAUGGAGUGGAAGUUUGGAGUGACUGCUGGCAGCAGUGAGCUGGAAAAAGUGGGGAGCAUCUUCUUACAGCUGAAGCUGGUGAUUAAAAAAGGGAACCAAACAGAAAACGUUUACAUAGAGUUAACUUUGCCCCAGUUCUACAGUUUUCUGCAUGAAAUGGAGAGGGUCAAAACCAGCCUGGAAAGCUUCAGCUGAAACUGCCUGGGCCUGACCUCACAUCUCUGCAGGAUGUUUGGUUUCUCCCCUGGCCCUGCAGAGCUGCUCCUGAUAAGGGCAGUAGGCAAGGCUGAG